CCAUGGAAGUCUUGGGGUUCCUCAGACUGGAAGCCAGUGGCCCCAUGGUGAUGGUGGCCCUGUCAGUGGUCCUCUUGGUUCUCCUGAAGUGGUACUCUACAUCAGCAUUUUCAAGACUAGAGAAGUUGGGCAUCAGACAUCCCAAGCCUUCUCCUUUUAUUGGAAACUUGACAUUUUUCCGCCAGGGUUUCUGGGAAAGCCAGAUGGAGCUCAGAAAGCAAUACGGACCUCUGAGUGGGUACUAUCUUGGUCGUCAGAUGUUUAUUGUUAUCUCUGACCCAGCCAUGAUCAAGCAGGUGUUGGUUGAGAAGUUCAGUAACUUCACCAACAGAAUGGCGUCAGGUUUGGAGCCCAAACCGGUAGCCAACAGUGUCCUGUUUUUACGUGACAAAAGAUGGGAAGAGGUCAGAAGUGUCCUGACUCCUGCUUUCAGUCCUGAAAAGCUGAAUGAGAUGGCGCCUCUAAUCAGCCAAGCCUGCAACCUGCUCCUGGCCCAUUUAAAGCACUAUGCAGAAUCCAGGGACGCUUUCGACAUCCAGAGGUGCUACUGCUGCUACACCACAGAUAUGGUUGCCAGUGUCGCCUUUGGCACCCAGGUGAACUCCCAGAAGGCUCCCGAGCACCCCUUUGUGAAGCACUGCCGGCGCUUCUUUGCGUCCUCCAUCCCCAGACCGACCCUGGUUUUAAUCUUAUCAUUUCCAUCCAUAAUGGUCCCACUGGCCCGGAUUUUGCCCAAUAAGAACCGAGAUGAACUGAAUGGCUUUUUUAACAAACUCAUUAGGAAUGUGAUUGCCUUGCGGGACCAGCAAGCAGCAGAAGAGAGGCGGAGAGAUUUCCUCCAAAUGGUCCUGGAUGCCCGACAUUCCACCUCCUCCGUGGGCGUGGAGAACUUUGACAUGGUCCGACCAGUCUUCUCUGGCACUGAAUGCACAGCGAACCCUUCCCAGCAGCACCAGCCCAGACUCCUGUCCAGGCCUUUGACUGUGGAUGAGGUCGUGGGCCAGGCCUUCAUCUUCCUCAUCGCUGGCUACGAGAUCAUCACCAACACUCUCUCUUUCGCCACCUACCUCCUGGCCACCAACCCUGACUGCCAAAAGAAGCUUCUGAGAGAGGUGGACCAUUUCAGCGAGAAACACCCGGCCCCUGAGUACUGCAGCCUCCAGAAAGGCCUGCCCUACCUGGACAUGGUGAUUGCAGAGACCUUGAGGAUGUACCCACCAGCUUUCAGGUAA